AUGGAAUGCACUGUUAUUCGCGAUGGCGGCGGCGGCGGCAGCGGCGGCGGCGCUGCAACUGACACAACCAGCCUGCAGCCGCCAGUCCUGCCGCUGUCCCCCCAAGUACGACCGUCUGUGUACGGCAGCGUCUUCCGUACACCACCUUCGUUCCUCCAGCCGCUGCUGAACGCCGUUGUCGCGGUCAGCACCGGUCGAUUGUCGUCGUUGCCGGCGGCGGCUGUCGCCUGGCUGUUGAGGGCCUUAUUAUCACUGGGGCAUAUGCCGCCGACGGCCUGGAUCCAGGAGGCGUACGACAGCUUGGCGGCUGGAGCGAGGGAGCUGCAUCCGAGUCAAGCGGCUAAUGCGUACCUGGCGAUUGCGGGCCUCGCCAUUGUCAGCCGUACGGCCCGCACAGGCGGCGGCAACAGCAGAGCUGAUGAUGCGAAAGAUGCCGCCGAGCUGGCAGUAUCGGCGUCGCCGCCGCCGCCGCCGCCGCCCAGUGCGCUGCUGACGGGGUUGUACGAGGCCCUGGCUCGUCCAGGCCCCUUCGGAGUUAUGGACCCACGGGUCGCUCUUGCCUGCCUGGAGGCCGCCGCCGCCGUCGAGUCUGCCGUUACAGCGCUGGCGGAGGCGCUCAUACGACGGGCAGCUGGGAUACAGCCGUCGGCGGCGGCGGCACCGCUGCUAGAUGAAACGACAGGCAGGAUGGGCGCGGUGCCUGAGGCGGAUGCUACAGCCGCCGCCGCGGCGGCGGCUGUAGCUCCAACUGGGGGAGCUCAUUUGGCAGCGGCGUCAGCGGCGGCGGCGACGCCGACGGCGACCACUGUCGUCAGCCCAGCAUUGGUAGUCGCUGCAGCUCGUGCGCUGGUGGCGGCAGCACGCCUUGAAAACCCUCCACGGCCCACCGCCGUACUGGACCUGGCGUCGUCGGCGCCGCUGCCGCCGCCGAUAGUUGCGGCGCUCAUUAGCGGAGUGGAAGGCCACCUGCCGUACCUAGAUGCCGUACAGAUAUCAUACUGUGUCACUGUCGUACAGCGGCUGGCGGCGAUGCAGUCGUCGGCCGGCUCUGCUGCCGCGGACUUGGUGCUGCGCUUCGCGCGCGGCCCCGCUGCAGCGGAGCUUGCGCGCAAGCUGCCGACGUUGCCGCCAGCGCGCCUGGCGGCGGCGGUGGCGGCGCUGCCGCCACCGCUGCGGCAGCCGCCGCCGGCGGAGGUGGCGGCAGCGGCGCAUGAGGCGCUGCGGCGCACGCUGGCGGCUGCAGACAGCGACGACUUGGCGGAGGUCCUCCGUCAGCUCAGCGCCGCAGACGCAUUGCCGUACUAUGGCUGGCAGGGCGCGCUGGCGGCGGCGACGAGCCAGCGGCUACGUGACGCCGCCGCGCUCAUAUCCUCGCAGGAGUUGUGUAACACGCUUUUCGUUCUGGCGGCUCUCAAUUACAGGCCCGGCUUUAGCUGGACCGCCGCCGCCGCGGCGGCGCUACAGCCUCGACUGUUGUCAUUGACGGCGCCGCAACUAACCAACGCACUCUGGACGCUUGCCAAGUUUGGCUACCGCCCUGAGCCCUCCUGGAGCACCCCUGCCGUACAGGCGCUACAGCUGCAGCUGCCGGCGCUACGGCCGCACCAGCUAAGCUACGGCCUGGGGUCGCUGCAGCGCAUGGGUUGCACCGUCAGUGCUGCCGUACUGGACGAGAUGCUGACGGUGGCCGCGGCGGAUCAGCUACGGCAGUAUCCGCCGGGGGAUUUGGUGCUACUGCUGAUGACGGUGGCGAGGUUGCGCCAUGUGCCCAGCUACAGCUUUACAGAAGCCGUGACGGAGCGGCUACGGCCGCACCUGACGGCAUCGCCGGCGAUGACAGCGGCGGCGUCGGCAGGCCUUGUUGAGCCGUUGGCGGCGGCAGCUGGUAACUCGGCGGUGGUGGCGGCGGCGCCGCCGCCGCCACCGCUGACGUGUCAAGAACUGGCCUCCGUCGGCUAUGCGCUGGCGAAACUGCAUUGCCGUCCCGAAGCCGACUGGAUGUCCGCCUUCAUGGACUGUUGCCUGGCGGUUAUGUACGACUUUACAACCGACCUUUUGGCGUCAUUGAUGUGGGCGCUAGGGGAGCUGGGGCAGGUCCCCAGCCCAGCUUGGAUGGGCGCCUUCCUGGCUGCGUCGCGACCCCGGCUGGGCGAAUUUGCAGCCCAAGAUUUGGUUUCGGUGCUGUCAAGUUUGGCGGCGCUCCGUUCACCUCCCCCGGCGGAUUGGCUGAGUGAGGCGCUGACGGUGCUCGGGGCGCGAGUGGGCGAGCUGGACGGCGAGGGAGUGACGGCGUUGCUCAAGGCCCUGGUGGAUCUUGACGCGCGAGUGAGCAACCCCGACUGGUACGACGCCUUAUGCGACCAGGUCGCCUCCUUCCUACCGCUGCUAUCGGCGCAAGGCCUGGUUGAUCUUGUAGCUUCAUUAGGCACCCUGGGACACACACCGAGACCAGAGUGGCUGGAGCGCUGCAGUUCCGCUGCAGUACGAGCACAUGCACAGGCCUUUUUCGCCGCCACCGCCGCCAAUCUCACCGUGAUGUCGCCGGAUCGAGUCACGGCCCUUGCAUCGGCGUUAGCAGGUGCCAAAGUGGCUCCGGAACCAGCCUGGCUCGACAGCCUCACGACUGCCGUACGCAAUGACGUCAUGUCGUAUACACUCGUGCAGCUGGAUGCACUCACACGCGCACUGGCUGUGUUCCAGGGACUGGUCCCCGAGCACGGCGCGGGGGGGGGGGUGAAACCACGAAACACAGCAGCCGCAAGCAGGGGAGAGGAGUGGGAGCACCAGCUGCCCCGACACCGGUCGUGA